GCGCGGGGCGCCACCGCCGACGCCGCUCCUCCGCUGGGGUCAGUGUCCUGGGCUGCGCCCGGGUCGGCGGCCGCGGCGGCUGAGCAGCGGGAGCCGAGAGCCGCGCUCCGCCGAGAGUUGGGCAGGUCAGAGCCCGCGCCUUCGCGGCGUCAUGGGCCCCCUCCUCGGGCCACAGAGGGCACCAGCCGCAGGAACCCCCGGGCCUCCUCGCGGCCGAGCCUGAGCGACCCCCGGGUUCUCCGGCGUCCCUUCCCUCCGCCUUAUUUUCUUCCCUGCUCUCGCUGCUGCUGCCGCUUCAGCUCUCCGUAAUGGCAACGGAGCCGCCAUCCCCUCUCCGGCUUGAGGCGCCCGGCCCCCCAGAAAUGCGGACCCCACCGGCGGGCGAGACAGCCCGCGAGGGCACCCCGAAGUCGGCGGGCGGCAGGCUCCGCUUCCUCAACGGCUGCGUGCCUCUCUCGCAUCAGGUGGCCGGGCACAUGUACGGGAAGGACAAAGUGGGUAUACUGCAACAUCCAGAUGGCACAGUUUUGAAACAGUUGCAGCCACCUCCAAGGGGUCCAAGAGAGCUGGAAUUCUAUAAUAUGGUUUAUGCUGCUGAUUGUACUGAUGGUGUUCUUUUAGAGCUACGAAAAUAUUUGCCAAAAUAUUACGGUAUCUGGUCACCUCCCACUGCACCAAAUGAUUUAUACCUAAAACUGGAAGAUGUGACCCAUAAAUUUAAUAAGCCCUGUAUCAUGGAUGUAAAGAUAGGGCGGAAAAGCUAUGAUCCUUUUGCUUCAUCUGAGAAGAUUCAGCAACAGGUCAGCAAGUACCCAUUAAUGGAAGAGAUUGGGUUCUUGGUGCUUGGCAUGAGGGUUUAUCAUGUUCAUUCUGAUAGCUAUGAGACACAAAACCAGCACUAUGGAAGAAGCUUAACAAGGGAAACUCUAAAAGAUGGAGUCUCCCUCUCCCGUUUUUUUCAUAAUGGAUUCUGCUUAAGAAAAGAUGCUAUUGCUGCCAGUAUUCAGAAGAUUGAGAAUAUUCUGCAGUGGUUUGAAAGCCAGAAACAGCUUAACUUUUAUGCAAGUUCAUUACUGUUUGUUUAUGAAGGUUCAUCUCAGCCAACUACUGCAAAAUUGAAUGACAGAACUUUAGCAGAAAAGUUUUUGUCCAAAGGACAGCUCUCAGACACAGAUGUACUAGAGUACAAUAAUAACUUUCAUAUGUUAAGUUCCACAGCGAAUGGAAAAAUAGAGGCUUCAGUGGGCAAAAGCUUGUCCAAAAUGUAUGCUCGUCACAGAAAAAUGUAUUCAAAAAAGCAUCACAGUCAGACUUCAUUGAAAGUUGAAAAUAUAGAGCAAGGCAAUGGGUGGAAAAGCAUGUCACAGGAACAUUUAAACGGAAACGUACUUUCCCAACUGGAAAAAGUCUUCUACCAUCUUCCCACUGGUUGUCAAGAGAUUGCGGAAGUAGAAGUGCGAAUGAUAGACUUUGCUCAUGUGUUCCCUAGCAACACAGUAGAUGAGGGAUAUGUUUAUGGGCUGAAGCAUUUAAUUACUGUACUGCAGAGUAUUUUAGACAAUUGAAUCCUUUGCUGCAGUCUUUUAAAGGGGUGGGGCAAUCAUAAUGAAGAGCAGCAGUUAAUAACUCUGCACUUGUAAUGCUGUGUAAAAAAUGUGUAUUGUGAGUCUACAUUUUAUUUGUCUUUAUACUUUUGGUAGAAGGGUUAACUUUUUUAUAAUCUUACUCAGGAAAACUAAUUAUUUGUUCUUUAGAAAACUAUAAAGAAUAAAGAAACUUAGGAAUGUUAAGCAGGGAAUGUGGUGGUACGUGGCUUAAACAUCUACUUGGCUUAAGCAAAAUGCAAACCAUUAUUCAAUCAUUACGAAUUUAGUUAGCUUUCUGUAGCCAAUUUAUUGUGAAAUCUCUGUCCACCCACCCUUGACAAUGAGCCAUAUGUAAACUCAUUACAUUAUUAGAACACUUUCAAAAAUCUAGAAAACACAGGUUGAUAUCCUUAGUAUUGCUAUGUAUGAAGUUAUUAAAACUGGAGAAAAUUCUACAGAAAUAAGUACUGUUUAGGUUUUAUAUUAAAAGUUCAGACCAGCAUAUCAAAAGGUGCUUCUUAGAAGUAAAAUGAUUUAGAAUUAUUGUAUUCCAAAAGCAGAUUUUCACUUUAAUUUCCAUUUAUAUACAUAUUUCAAAAUACUUCUUGAAAAAGAUCUUUGAAAUGGACAGCAACAACAACAAAAGUCUUGACAUUAAGGGCACUAAUAAUUAGUCUUGCCAAGGUUAGGGAAGAGAGAAGUUAUUUGCAAGGAACAAAAUUUUUCUUUUAAAAUCUUUAUGGGAAAAUUGGAAUUUUCUACAUUGUGACAAGUAUUAUAAACCAUAUAAUACCUUUUACUGCAGCUUCAAAAAGGUGGAUGAUUGAAGCUCUUAUUUCUCCUUUAAAUAACUUUUGAGAGUUUUUUUCUUUUACAAUUCAUGUAUCUACAUGUCUCCAUUUAGUUAAGCAGUGGUAUGACUAUAUGUUGCUAAAAAGUGUUUCUCAGAAUUCUAAUAAGCAGUGAAGGACAACAUCCAGUAUUGUGAGUGUUAUCAAAAAUACUGUGUGUACAUGCCGCGGAGCGGCUGGGCCCGUGAGCCAUGGCCUCUGAGCCUGCGCGUCCGGAGCCUGUGCUCCACAACGGGAGAGGCCACAACAGUGAGAGGCCCGCGUACCACAAAAAAAAAAACAAAAAACAAAAAACUGUGUGUAUAUUAGUAUGUCAUACAGAGUUUGGUACAUGUCUAAAUUCAUGCUUCUGUUUCGUUCUUACUUAAAACAGUUGUAUAUCAUAUUCAAGAUAGAAAUUAUAAUUUAAAUUCAUGGAGGCGCAGUACUAUUUUUCUUGGAAAAAUUAGAUUUGUAAGUAUUAUCUCUGUUUCACAUCCACCCCUUUUAAAAAAAUAACUAGUUAUUUGUUAUUGGAAACAUUUAGAACUUUGAAAUUAAAUUCGCAAAUAUGUUAAAUGUUUAUGUUUUCAUUACUUGCACUUUGAUUCACUAAUAAAACAUCUAAGUAGUUAACAGUCUUGCCAUAUUCCUGGAAAUUGUUUUAGACUUGUGAACUGUUAGACUGUUUUCCCCCCAAAAUUACAAAUUAAACUUAAAUUCAAGGGCCUUUUUUUAGUGUGAAGGAAAGUAUCACAAUUUUAUGUUUAUCUCACCUUCCCAACCCUCUCUGAGUGUACUUUUGCAAGUAUCUGAGCACAAAGAAAAGUAACAAAUGCCCUAUGGAUUCUGUGCUUAGUAAAUUUAUUAGGCCUGAAUACCUUUAAAAUUCAUAUGCAUUUGUUAUAGCAAAAUUUGAUUAUUUAAAAUUUUUUAUUUAGAGUCAGUGUAGGUAUUUUCCAUAAGGACUUCAUAUUUUUCUCUGCUGCCUAAAUGGUAUUGCCGUAGCUUUUUUUGUGGGGAUGAAGUUCAAGUCAUAGUUAAUAGAAAUUAUUUAGUUUUACUUUUUUUGUCCCACAGUGUAGACUUUUGUUGUUGUUGUUAUUUGGAUAGUGGUUCAAUAAAUCUUAAGCUCAUAUAAUUUAAACACUAUUUUGAAUCUUAACAAGAGACUUUUUUUUUGUAUGGGGUGGUAUCAACCUAUAUGUACAAUGAAUUUAAUAAAUUUAAGUAUUAUCAGAUUUUUUGUGCAUUUUAGCUCAAUAAAGUGUGAAUCAGUUCCAUAUUUUCUUUAUCCAUAUUUGGAAAUUUAGUUUUGUAUAAUCAGUGUCUUACCUUUUUGAUACAAUAGAUAAUGUUUUGUUUUAAUAAAACAAGAAACACUUUUAUCUUUUGUUCUUCAGGGAAGGGAUUCACAUUUAAUUCUAUUUGUUUACAUUUUUUUUAUCACUGUUAUCCAAUGCCCAUUUUAUGUUACUUUAUAAGUAAGCUUACAUGUAACAGAAUAGGCAUCUAUUUGUGUUAUCUACAUGUGACUAUUUUACUGUCUAGUCCAGUCAUUUAACGUUAUGCUGAAAUUUACCACUGUGGGGAUGAAUGAUCACUAUUCACCAAGCAUAUUUAAACAUUUAAAUGUUCAAGAAAUAAUAAUAAGGAUAUAGUUUGGGUUAAUAGGAUUACUGUAGUUUUUUCCCCCUAGGAAAUAUAAAUGAUUUUAGUGUAUUUCUUAUGGAAUGCACUCAUGAAAAGGACUUUAAGAAAUUGUGGAUAGUGAAUAAUGAUACAUUUCUCUAAUAAAAAUUUAAAUUGUAUAAUAGUUUUAUAAUAAAGUAUUUACAUUAAUUGAUAUUUUAAUACAGAUGAAGUUACAUAGAUUCAAAUAAAUUAAAAUUGAUAAAUGCUAAAUAUUUUAUCUGAAUAGUUUUUCAAGAAACAGUUGUGAAAAUGUGUGUAUUAAAUGACUGUAACAUGGAGCAUGUGGUAUUUUCAACUCAGUAUUCGUUAUUUGUUUUAUGUGUCUGGAAGUUGUACUUACUAUGCCUCUUUACACUACAAUUUGCUGUUGUGAGGCUUUAGAUUGUGUUCAACUGAAUAAGAUCUUUUUUUAUGAUUUUAAUUGAGUAUAAGUUACGAUUUUAUGAUUUCCAAGAUGAUGUUCUUCAUAUCUCUAUACCGUAUACACAUCAAAUUUAUAAUGUAACUUGAGAAGAUAGAAUUAAUUUUCAGAGAUAUCUCAGUUGCGAUUUUCUUGUUUCAUGCAACUGGAAACAUUUGUUUCUAGGACUUGGAAUAUUAAAGAUGAUGUAGGAUGAAAGAAAAUGGUAGAACAAUGAAAGAAUUUUAUUUGUGAAAUUACAGAAAUUUUGUCCACUAUUUUAAAGCAUUGUCAUCAUUUUAGUACCAUUUGCUCUUAGUAUGGCAUUUGAUACUUUAAAACUUGAUUUGCUUUAAAAAUUGUUUACAAUGCUUUGUAAUAAUCUUCCUUAUCCAGUGCCUUUAACCUUGAUUUGAUAUAUUUGUAGCCUUGGUUAUCCUUCCAUUACAUCCUGUAAUGUCUUCAUAGCCUAGACUUCAAUUUUAAAAAGUCAAUUUGGUCAUGUAAAGAGGUUGCAAUUGUCUAUUAAUGCUUUAGGAGAACAAGUAAUGUUGUGUAUGGAGACCAGGCAUCUUAGUUCAUUCAGAAAUAUAAAUGUGACUAACAUUUUUAACCCCGAAUAUAUAGUUGUGAUCCAAUCAGACAAAGCCCUAACCGUUUCCAGCAUUCUCUCUAGAUGGGGGUGGGUUGGGGGUUAAAUUAAAAUAGAGAUAUGGAGAAAUGCUUAUUUAAAGAUAAUAAAGUUAACUAGCAUUCAACUUUGUGUAAAGAUAAGGUAAUAAUUGAGUUGAGGUGAAGCAACUAACAAUAUGUUAAAGAGGUUAAAAAUAAUACUUUGCAGCAUUGUAACCUCUAUUUGACAUUUAAGUUCAGGUAAUAAUUAUAGAUAGCAUUAGAAGGCCUUAAUUUUUCACUUUUGCUGGUAAAGGUACGUUUACUUAGACUGUUCAUAUAGAAUAGUGUUUUAACAUAACAUUACUGUGAAAAACAUUCCAUUACAUAUUCACAAGCAUAUUACUGCACAUUUUAAAAAUUGUACCUUACAAUUUACUGCAAAUAUUUUAGGGCUCAAUCUUCAAAUCAUUUGUAUUUUAAAUUUGGCAGUGAAUAUGAAAUUACUUUUUUGACUUACAGAAUGAUUGUAUUGUUACUUAAAAUGCUCGUUAAUAUUUUAAGAAGGUUGGAGUCUCCAUGUUUCUGGAGUUAAUAUUUAAAUUCUUAUUACUUAUUUUGAUAGUGUUUAGUAAGAGGAAAUAGUACUCAUGCGAUUAAACAAAUUAGAAUAUACUGUAAAGAAUAUUUUUAAUUGUUAAAUUUGUCAUCACUGAGGUUAAAUUUUGGCCUGGUAUUCACUUACAAUAUAUAUUAACACAUUUAAUUAUGAAGUGAAAUAGUCUUAAGUAUGAUGUAUGAUGCACCUGCAUAUAAAUGGAUAUGGUGUGCACAAAGACACUUUACUGUGGGAAUUGAACUGGAAGAUAUAUGAAAGCAUGUGAAAUUGCACCUAAAAUUGUGUUAUUAGUGACUAUGCUAAAUUUAUUGUACUUGAUGAAUGAAUGUAUUUAGUCUAGUCAAAGUUACUUUGGUUUAAAUGUCUAAACAAUGUCUUUUUAAAAAAUGUGUUGGUAAUUUGUACUAUUGAUGGGGGCGUUCUUGGACUGCAGGGGUUGUUGUCAAUGUGUGAUUUGUGUUUUUAUUUUAUAGAAUCAUCUAAUGUGAUAUACUGAUUUUUAUAUAAGUGAUAUUUAGAUAAUUCUAAUUACUGUAUAUUUGACAGCCUAUUAAAAUGUUUUGC